AUGGUUUUGUUUCACGUAGUACUCGCGUCGGCGAACAGAGAGCUUAGCCGGAAACCUACCUCAGAACGGCGAACGACGGCAAGCUGGUGGAUUAUCGAACCUGAAAAAUCCAAAAUGCGAAUUCGCCAUAGGAUAAAAUUUUACUCCUUGAGAAUGGGAAGCACAAGUGAGACAAUCUACGGGGCCUACACAUACGAGAACCUCGAGCGGGAGCCUUACUGGCCAUCUCAAAAGCUCAGGAUCUCCAUCACGGGUGCUGGUGGCUUUAUUGCCUCACACAUUGCCAGGCGUUUGAAGAGCGAAGGCCACUACAUAAUCGCGUCCGACUGGAAGAAGAACGAGCACAUGACUGAGGAUAUGUUCUGUCAUGAAUUCCACCUUGUGGACCUGAGGGUUAUGGAUAACUGCCUGAAAGUGACUGAAGGUGUGGAUCACGUUUUCAAUCUGGCAGCAGACAUGGGUGGCAUGGGCUUCAUCCAGUCGAACCACUCAGUCAUCAUGUAUAACAAUACAAUGAUCAGCUUUAACAUGAUUGAGGCUGCCAGGAUUAAUGGCGUUAAGAGGUUUUUCUAUGCCUCCAGUGCUUGUAUCUAUCCUGAAUUUAAGCAGUUGGAAACUAAUGUGAGCUUGAAAGAAUCUGAUGCGUGGCCUGCUGAGCCUCAAGAUGCUUACGGGCUGGAAAAGCUUGCAACUGAGGAGCUAUGCAAGCACUACAACAAGGAUUUUGGAAUUGAGUGCCGCAUAGGAAGGUUCCAUAACAUUUAUGGUCCUUUUGGGACCUGGAAAGGUGGGAGGGAGAAAGCACCAGCUGCCUUCUGUAGGAAGGCACUUACUUCGACUGAUAAGUUUGAGAUGUGGGGAGAUGGUCUCCAGACUCGAUCUUUUACUUUUAUCGACGAAUGUGUUGAAGGUGUUCUCAGAUUGACUAAAUCUGACUUUCGGGAGCCCGUGAACAUCGGAAGUGAUGAGAUGGUUAGCAUGAACGAAAUGGCGGAGAUUGUGCUUAGCUUCGAGAACAAAAAACUGCCAAUUCAGCACAUCCCAGGGCCCGAAGGCGUGCGUGGUCGAAAUUCGGACAACACUUUGAUCAAAGAGAAGCUUGGGUGGGCCCCAUCCAUGAAACUGAAGGAUGGGCUGAGGAUCACAUAUUUCUGGAUCAAAGAACAGCUCGAGAAGGAGAUUACUGAGGGAGUCGAUUUGUCUGCUUAUGGAUCGUCAAAAGUUGUCGGGACGCAAGCUCCUGUUCAACUGGGUUCUCUCAGAGCUGCCGAUGGCAAAGAGUGA